AUGGCUUUGCGUGUGAACUUCGUUGCCGUCCUGUGUUGCUUCUUGUCGCUGCUUAGCGUCUGCUCGGCCGCCACGAAGAUCAACGGCACGGUGGCGAUCUACAGCUCCACCGACCACAAGAACCGCCUGCUCACGAUCAAUGUCCGGUUCCCCAACCAGUGCUACAACGUGGACUGCAGCCUGCUGGACAACAAGGUCGAGUCUGCCAAGUGGGCCAACCUCCCGACUACGGGAGUCGACGGGAAGGCGUACAUCGUCUUCUACGAGGACUUUGACUGCGGCGGAGCGGAGCUGUCCAUCACUCUGCCCAACUCCGGCGGCAUCAAGAACUUCAGCGGCAAAAAGGUGGACGGCAUCAUCUCGGCCUUCAUGAUCAAGUCGCAACCCUCGGACGUCGACAACGGAUUCUCCAACGUUUGCAGCUGGACGGGGGCUGACGUUGUGGGUGGCUCGGUCUCGCAAGACGAUUCGAUCUCGAUGGUCGUGGCCAAG